UAAGGCGGCGACUGGGGGAGUCGCUGCUGAGGCGGCUGCGGGCCCGGGUCGCGUCGGCGCAGCUCCGCGCGGCCGAGCCGGGCUGGCAGCAGCUGGCGCCUGGCGGUGAGGGCGGGCUCCCGGGGUGGGUGGAAUGGCCCUCACCUAGGGCGGUGGGAGAAGCGGCUGAGCCGAGGAUGCUGGGGAGGCGGCGCGGCGGCUCCUCACUCAUCCCAGAUAUUGAUCAUCUUUCUGAAGUAGAAUCUCCAUGGCCUGAAUGUUUUCUGAAAAACAUUUGUAGCAAAAUACCUGUUUAAUAGCAAGAUAACCACAUCAAGAUGGUUGGAAAACUGAAGCAGAACUUACUAUUGGCAUGUCUGGUGAUUAGUUCUGUGACUGUAUUUUACUUGGGCCAACACGCCAUGGAAUGCCAUCACCGAAUAGAAGAACGUAGCCGGCCCCUCAAAUUGGAGAACACAAAGACCACUGUGCGAACUGGCCUGGACAUCAAAGCCAAUAAAACCUUUGCCUAUCACAAAGAUAUGCCUUUAAUAUUUAUUGGAGGUGUGCCUCGGAGUGGAACCACACUCAUGAGGGCCAUGCUAGAUGCACACCCUGAUAUUCGCUGUGGAGAGGAAACCAGGGUCAUUCCUCGAAUCCUGGCUCUGAAGCAGAUAUGGUCACGGUCGAGUAAAGAGAAAAUACGCUUGGAUGAGGCUGGUGUCACCGAUGAAGUGCUGGAUUCUGCCAUGCAGGCCUUCUUACUAGAAAUCAUUGUUAAGCAUGGGGAGCCAGCCCCUUAUUUAUGUAAUAAAGAUCCUUUUGCCCUGAAAUCCUUAACUUACCUUGCUAGGUUAUUCCCCAAUGCCAAAUUUCUCCUGAUGGUCCGAGAUGGCCGGGCAUCAGUACAUUCAAUGAUUUCUCGAAAAGUUACAAUUGCUGGAUUUGACCUGAACAGCUAUAGGGACUGUUUGACCAAGUGGAAUCGUGCCAUAGAGACCAUGUAUAACCAGUGUAUGGAGGUUGGCUAUAAAAAAUGCAUGUUAGUUCACUAUGAGCAACUUGUCUUACAUCCUGAACGGUGGAUGAGAACACUCUUAAAGUUCCUCCAAAUUCCUUGGAAUCACUCAGUAUUACACCAUGAAGAGAUGAUUGGGAAAGCUGGGGGAGUAUCUCUGUCAAAAGUGGAGAGAUCUACAGACCAAGUCAUCAAGCCAGUCAAUGUGGGAGCUCUAUCAAAAUGGGUUGGGAAGAUACCUCCAGAUGUUUUACAAGACAUGGCAGUGAUUGCACCCAUGCUUGCCAAACUUGGAUAUGACCCGUAUGCCAAUCCACCUAACUAUGGAAAACCUGAUCCCAAAAUCCUUGAAAACACUAGAAGGGUCUAUAAAGGAGAAUUUCAGCUACCUGAAUUUCUUAAAGGAAAACCUCAGACUGAGCAAGUGGAAUAGCAGAGCCAGGAACCUCUUGCAUACUUGAGCUGAAAGAAACCUGAAGACCAUCAACCUCAACCACCUGUUUACUGAUAAGGAAACUGAUCCUAGAGAGAGGAUUUGUCAAGGUCACAUCAUAGGUCGGAAAAACCCAAGGCUAAAGAGCACCGUCUCCUGACAUCCAGCCAGGGAUUCUUUCACCACCCUGUACUGCUUCCUCUGUGUGCUGGAUGUGCAGAUGUUUUUGCGCUAAUAUUUUCGGGAGUUGCCUGGUUGGUUUUUCAACCUUGCUGAUGUUAAUGCAUUAUGAUGUCUUAAUGUUUGUAACCUAUGUUGUCUCGUUGUAGUUAAAGGCUACAGUGUGGAGCAGGACUUAUUGGCCCUUUCUAUCUGAGUAAUCAUCAGGUGCAUGUCCAGGGAUACCAGCCAAUUAGUGACAAGGCUGGUUUCUGAACCUAGACCUCCUGACAUGGCUGCUCAGACCUCACACCCCUAUCCCACACUUUCUUAAGAUUCUGUUUUGCUCUGAAUAUUUUGGUUAUGCCUUAGAUCAUUUGGAACUUGAAAAGCUUUCUUUAAAAUAUGAUUUUUCCUGGGAAUUCCCUAGCAGCCAAGGGGUUAGGGCUCCGUGCUUCCACUGCAGGGGGCAGGGUUCGAUCCCUGGUCGGGGAAGUAAGGUUCUGCAGCCGUGCAGUGUGGGAAAAAAAAUAAAUAAAGUAAAAUAAAAUAAAAUACUAAAAUAAAAUGUAAAAAGAAAACCUAUUAUAAAAAAGUAAAAAAUAAAAUCUGUUUUUUUCUUAUA